UUGUUUCACAAUUGUGCACCUCCCCUAAGACUUUAUGUGGUUGAUAAAACAAAUAGUCACUCUUAAAGUAUAUAUUCGUCCAACUGGCUUAACCCCACAACAUGCGUUUUUCUUCCUACAUAUAAGGAGCUUCUCAGUCUCUCAAGUAACCAAAUCAACUCCUUUCUUCAACUCAUACAUACAUCUAUCUUCCUUCUUUAACCCUACAAAGAAAUCAGAUUCCCAUUUUCAAAACCCCCUUUUUCAAUCCUGUACUAUCAAUAUUCAUACAUAUUCUCUGAAUGGCUUCCAACUCCAUGAGUUCUAACGCGUCUUGGACACGUAAGGAGAACAAACUAUUUGAAAGGGCUUUGGCUAUAUAUGACCAGGACACUCCUGACCGUUGGCAUAACGUUGCUAGAGCAGUUGGUGGGAAAUCAGCUGAAGAAGUAAGGCGACACUACGAGCUACUCAUUAGGGAUGUCAAUGACAUCGAGUCAGGGCGUUAUCCACAGCCUACUUACCGUUCGAAUGGAAACUGAAAGCAUUUAAGCUACUCAAAAAGGUUCCUCUGAAACCAACAUGGUUACAAACCAGAAACAAACAGAGAGCAUCUAAACAAAUUAAGAGAUAUCACUGUAUUUACUUCUAUUUGUGUGAUUGUGAUAUAUAUACGACUAUGUAAGAAUCAUCUAUAAAUCAAUCAAUGUGAGUUUCAUA